AUGGAAAUGAAUGAGAACUCGACAUCAUACUUGAAGACCACGCUGCUCGGGUUUGUCUUCCUGCAUGCCUUCACAUGUUGGCGAGGUUGCGGGUCCCUACACAGGAGGUGUAGCUGGUUGGUCAGUCGGGGGAGUAUCUCCCACUCUCAUUCCCUCUCCCUGCACCCAGCUCAGCAUGCCCCAGUCCAUGAGCAGCUCCACAGCUCUCCCAGCUCCACUACCAUGUGUAGAUGGACAGUGACACAAGGUGCACCGGUCGCCUGGUUCUCCUCUUGCCCCUGCUGCAGACCUCCUUCACUUCUUCUCUCCCUCACCUUUCUUCUCCUGCUUCUACUGCUCAGACCUUCCUCGUCCACAUUAUCAUCACCAUCAGACUCUGAAAACAACCACAAUGCACCGGGAAGGACUCCUCCUCACUUCAGCAGCUCACACCCACUACCUUCCUCAUCACCUAUACCGCUGCACGCAUCUCCUGCGAGGUUGCCACGGGCGACCAACAUUACAUCGUCGUCCGCCACAGUCAUCGGGCGCCACGUGCGGAGCAGCUACAACCAUCUACAAGGAGAUGUGCGCCAGAGGAAACUGUUCUCCUACCAGAAAUUCUUCCUUCGCAUUGACAAGAAAGGAAAAGUUAAUGGCACCAAAAGUGAGGAUGAUCCAUACAGUAUUUUGGAGAUCAAGUCAGUGGAUGUGGGAGUGGUGGCCAUCAGGGGCCUCAGCAGUAACUACUACCUGGCGAUCAGCAAGAGGGGGGAGCUAUACGGAGCGAGGGACUUUGGCCCAGAUUGUCGUCUGAUUGAACGCAUUGAGGAGAACAAGUACAACACCUAUGCUUCAGCAGAGUGGCGCAACAAGAAGAAGCACAUGUUUGUGGGACUGAAUGCCAACGGAAAGCCCAUGAGGGGGAAGAAGACACGGAGGAAAAACACGGCCACUCACUUCCUGCCCAUUGUGGUGCAACCACGAUGAUGGGACGUAUGAGGCAGGGAAGAGCUCUGCAAACUGCAGGGUAUCAAAUGUCUUUGGAGUUGCAGUGAUGACUACAUUGGACAGAUCUGAAUGGGAUCUGAAUGAUGCACUGAGGAAAGAACUGAAACUUAGAGAAACUUACAGUAUAGACAUUUAUCUCUGUUGGAUAAAGACGCUUCUAUUUUUAAAGAAAGAAAUAAGAUAUAUUGGUAUACACUGUGUCUAGUAUUUCUGUUUUAAGUUAUAAAGUACAUUGGCACAGUAGAAAGUAUGAAAAUAAACUACUUCUGUGCCCAAAUGUGAUUAAUAGCUCACAUUUUAACAGCUGUGUAGUGUGAAGUGCUUGAUUGGGGGGGGGAAUGAAAUGACCGAAGGCAGAAGAUGCAAGAGGACAGAAAAGAAGAGCAUGUACUAACAGAAAGUUAGCUGGUAGAAAAGGAGAGCAAAGGACAAAAAAGGCAGGACAGAAAGUGGCAGUGGACAGGAUUUGGUCAUGAAAGCACCAACACAGCUGGAUGUCUAACACCAUCAUGUUUUUCUUUAAAUUUAUUUAUUUUGUGUAAUAUUUAACAACAA